AUGGUGAAACACUGUCGUGGAAAUAACCUACAUGAAGUCUGGAAUGAUAAAGGAGAAGAAUUUCUUGUCAGCAUGCCAACAAAAUUUCGCAAACAUUUUUACAUAAAAAAAGGAAUGUUCCUUAUUGUUGAACCUAUUGCUGAAGGUGUAAAAGUGAAGGCAGAAAUAAUUCGAAUUUUAUACAAGGAGCAAAUAAACUACAUUAAAAGUAUGGGGAAAUGGCCAGAAGCAUUUGCUAAAUAUGUCGUGGGGAAGAAAGAUGAGGGGCAAAUUCCAGCAGACAUGUUGCCGCCCUCUGACUCUGAUUCUGAUGCUGAAGAUCUUGGAUGCAUGGUAAACAAUUACAACAGAUAUGUUUACCCAACUCAUAUUCCUGUGUCAGACAGUGAUGAAACUGAAGAGGAAUCUGAGGAAGAAGACUGUGACAGCGUUGAGAACAACUCUGCAGGGGAGAUAACUGAGGAACCGGAUGACAAUGAACAUGACAGCGGAGAGAGAGCAACAUGUGAUGGUAAAUCAGAAACAAAGCAACAAAUAGAGAAUGUUUGCUCAAAAAUAUCCGAGAUUAAUGUGAGUUGA